AUGCGCGCCCUUGUCUUUCUCCCUCCCGCACGCUUGGCACACUUUGCCCAUGCACGACCCGCCACCAUCCACCCGGACGUUGUGCCCGACUCGGUGGACCCUGCAGCUGCUUCCCUCGACGACUGGAGCGUUUCCGAGGUGGAUGUCCCUCCCGGCGUGCCUUGGCAAGUGCUCCAUCCGCGCCUCCUCGACGAGACACGCGCCGAAGAGAGCAGAAAGAGGGUGCGCAUCGAUUCGCCCGUGGUCGUGAUCGAGACACCCACACGCCCCGUCAGCAUCGCACCCGCGGUGCCGGAUCGACUCGCUACAGAGACAACCGAGGAGGAGGAGGGAGAUACGAGCAAGGUCGUCGUGGGUCCGGACAGCGAUGAAGACGUCUCGCCCGAUAUCUCACUCUUGCACAAGGUGCCCGCAGUACGGGCGGGUGGGAAUACUGCAUCGGUGGAUGAGGGGGUGCGCUUGGCUUCGCAGUCUGCAUCGUCGCUUCAGGUUCGCCCGCCACGACCUGCAUAUGCACCGCCACCCACUUGUCGGUUCACCUUCUUCCGCCGUACGUCGUGCGUCUCCUCUACAAGCGUCUCGGCAGCACAAACUACAACGCACGACGCUUCUGAGGCACCGCCACCGGAGCACGAGGCGGAUGUGGACCACCCCGCAGGCGGUGUCAAGUUGGUGCGCACGCUUCCGGCAAUGAACGCCUACGAAGCCUCCUUCCACCCUCCCUCGGCCGGCGAUGGCGAAGGCGAAGCAUCUCUGGGCGAUUCCAUCGUUCCGCCUCCCACGCUGCACUUUACCCUCGCGCAGAUCACGCCUCUCUCCUCCAUCCUCUCGCCGCUCUCCCUGCCCCGGCGGGAUACGCCCGGUGCCGCCUCGUCGCGCAUCAACCUCCUCGUCGUCAUGCGCGACAUGGGCGACACUGCGCGCGUCCGUCGACUCAAGACCACCACGACUCGUCUCGAACUCGUCGUCAUGGACGGCACCCUCACCCGAGCGGGCGUUGAGAAGCACCUGCUCAAACUCGUCCUCUGGGACCACCUCACCCUGACCCCACUCCAACCGGGAGACGUAGUGUUUGUCCAAAACGUCUCGAUCCAACCCCCCGACCCCAAACCCCGUCUCGGUCCCGGCUUCCCACGAGCCACUGUGGCACAUGCAGCCCAGAGCCACAACUCGAGCAUCCAACUCUGCUACCGAUCCAACGUCACCACCCCCGCCGACGCAGCCCUCAACUUCGACCCGGCCAUCGCAGCCUUCGACGCCAAGUCCAAUCGCAUCCUCCAGCUCGUCGCACUCUGGAAUCACACCCCCACCUGA